AUGCACCGAGGUAGUACAACAGUACCAUCCAAUAACGGUUCUAAUAUAAGAUAUGGUGGUACAGUACCAAGUGCACAACACGGUCGGCGGUCAUUUGCUCCGCAACCUCCGAGUGCUCCACCGAUGCUUCCACCACAGCAUAAUACUCGCAGUCAGGUACAAAAUCGUGCAAAGAAACGAAAAUUGGUUGACAAGCUGUUACCCAUACAGGUUCGGGAGCUUGUACCAGAAUCCCAAGCGUACAUGGAUCUUCUAGCUUUUGAACAAAAGCUUGACGCUACCAUCACAAGGAAGAAGCUGGAUAUACAAGAAGCCUUAAAAAGACCAAUAAAAGUGAAAAGGCGGCUUCGAAUAUACAUUUCACAUACAUUCAUACCUGGCAAGGAACCUGAGAGAGAGGGUGAUGAAGGCACUGUACCAAUGUGGGAAUUACGAGUCGAGGGACGUUUGUUGGAUGAACCAUCGACUGGCGUGGGUACCACAGGUGGUGGAACUGCUCAAAAUCGAAAUCAACCACUGAAACGGAAAUUCAGUUCCUUUUUUAAAAGCUUAGUCAUCGAAUUGGACAAAGAAAUUUAUGGACCUGACAAUCAUCUUGUUGAAUGGCAUCGAACUCCUCAAACGAAUGAAACUGAUGGAUUUCAGGUGAAAAGACCUGGAGAUCGAGAUGUCAAAUGUACUAUCCUUUUACUACUUGAUUACCAACCAAUGAAAUUUAAAUUGCAUCCACGAUUAGGAAAAGUUCUUGGAAUGGCUACGGAAACACGUCCUAAAAUUAUUGAAGCUCUUUGGCAGUACAUAAAAACACACAAACUACAGGAUCAGGCUGAACGCGAUAACAUAAAUUGUGACUCUUACCUAGAACAAAUUUUUGGAGUAAAAAGGAUGCGUUUUAUGGAAAUACCUCAGCGCCUUCAAGGCUUAUUGCAUCAACCAGAUCCUCUGAUUCUGCAUCAUACUAUUCAAUAUAGCGAAGGGAAUGAGAAGAAUACGGCAUGCUAUGAUAUUGAUGUGGAAAUGGAAGACCCGCUAAAAACACAGAUGACUUCAUUUCUUCAUAGCCACGCUAAUAUGCCUGAUAUAAGCGCACUUGAUCAGAAAAUUUUUGAUAUCGUGGAACAGAUUAAUGAAUGGAAGCUUCGACGAGAUUUUUAUGUUCGUUUCGCGGACAAUCCACAGGAAUUUAUUCACAAAUGGUUGAUUUCUCAAAGUAAUGACCUGAAGACGAUGACAGAAGUAUUUGGUGACAGCGAAGCUGAACGUCAUGCGGAGUACUAUUAUCAGCCCCAAAUUAUGGAGGGUACUUUCCGUUACAUCUAUCACAAAGUGCAACAAAAACGAGCUGAAUUGGAGAGCACGUUAGGCAUUAAAAACAAUUGA